AUGGAGGUCAACCAGCUGCCGGCGCUGAAAUACGGAGAUCUCACUUCAGCCGUCAAGUUUAGUCCUCCCCGAGACAAAGCUAAGCGUCGAAUCAAGCGCACCGCGCUAUGUAGGCGUCGUUGCAAACCGAGUGCUGGCAGCUGCUCCAAUCUACUGACAGAUGAAGCCGGGAAUGGUACGGAUCGCACCAUUAUCAAU